GAGAACCGUGGUCUUGUAUACACAGAAGAGUGGGCACCAAUAGAAACACCAGUCACAGCCACCUGCUGAUUGUGCACCUGAGGCCUUGGUGCCCUGGUACAGCCUGGGUUAAUGACCCUGUUUAUCCACUUGAGUCAUCCGAUAAGGGGUAGCCAGGCCAGCAGGCCGCAGCCCUGUGCCUUGCACCAGCCACUUUCAUUGACUGAAGUGAUAGCAAUGCCACGUGGAGCUCCCGAUUCCCCUCCCCCGCCACUUCCCCAGUCCAGCCAGGGUCAGUGUGUGUGCGCCUUGUUUUUUUCAAUGAACAUGACUUCUGGAGUCAAGGUUGUCGGGCCAUCCUCCCUCCUGCCCUUUGGCGGUAUAAAUAACACCAACAGCUCAGCACAGAGGGCCAGAGAGCUGGGAAGACAUAGGAGCAGGUCCCCAACCAUGAGCGCCAGCCAACCAGGGGCCUGCCCGUGCCAGGGCGCUGCAGGCCACCCGACCAUUCUGUACACACUUCUGAGCCCCAGCCUCAGACCCAGGCCCUCAGUGCCCCCAUCCCCAAGCCGCUGCCUGUGCCUACAGCACCGGCCUGUCCGCCUGUGUGCCCCCCACCGCACCUGCCGGGAGGCCUUGGAUGUCCUGGCCAAAACAGUGGCCUUCCUCAGGAACCUGCCCUCCUUCUGCCAGCUCCCUCCGCAGGAUCAGCGGCGGCUGCUACAGGGCUGCUGGGGCUCUCUCUUCCUGCUUGGGUUGGCCCAAGACACAGUGACCUUUGAGGUGGCUGAAGCCCCAGUGCCCAGCAUACUCAAGAAGAUCCUGCUGGAGAAGCCCAGUAGCAGUGCUGGCUGGGGACAGCCACCCGACAGGCCCCAGCCCUCGCUGGCUGCUGUGCAGUGGCUUCAGUGCUGCCUAGAGUCCUUCUGGAGUCUCAAGCUGGGCCCCAAAGAGUAUGCCUACCUGAAAGGAACCAUCCUCUUCAAUCCAGAUGUGCCAGGCCUUCAUGCCUCCUCCCACAUUGGGCACCUGCAGCAGGAGGCUCACUGGGCCCUGUGUGAAGUCCUGGAGCCCUGGUACCCAGCAGGCCGAGGCCGGUUGGCACGAGUCCUCCUCACGGCCUCCACUCUUAAGAGCAUUCCAUGCAGCCUUCUUGGGGACCUCUUCUUUCGCCCUAUCAUUGGAGAUGUAGACAUCACUGGACUCCUCGAGGACAUGCUUUUGCUAAGGUGACCUGCAGAAGCUUGCAGUGCUGAUUUGGCCUGGCUGUCCCCAACUGGGAGUCAACGCUCCUGGAGAGGAAAGCUGCUAGAUAGCGCUCAGCCCCCUAGGAGGCUCACUCAUCCACACCCCAACUUGGACUUCCACAGUUUGGACACAGUACUCCAGCCAUCUGGUAGGCCCUCGGUGGUCCCCAGAGCCUCUGGGCCAAGAAUGCUGUCCCCUCUGGGGAUGGUUUGGAAGUUUGACUGUUUGGAAGUUAGAUUGCUCACUGGGGCAGAAUUCUUCCUGACUUUGUACAGAGCUAAAUUAAGUUAUUGUUUUUUGUAAUAAAAGGUGUGAUGCCCUUGGA